AUCACAUUCAGACAUUCUCUGGUGAAUGGAUCAGGGUGAGGCGUGAAGAUGCGUUGCCUCGCGGCCCGUGUCCACUACAAGACCCUGAUUGUGAUCUGUGCUCUCCUCACGCUCGUCACAAUCUUACUCUGGAACAAAUGCACAAGCGAGAAGGCCCUGCGGUUCCUCCCCAGACCCCAACCCGCCCCAAGCCCCAAGGGAGACGUCCACCAGCAGCAGCCGCAGCCUCCAGAACCUCCGCCCGUGGUCGGAGGCGUCCGCUACGAAGAGAUCGACUGUCUGAUCAAUGAAGAUGUCACCAUCAAAGGCAGACGGGAAGGCCAUGAAGUAUACCUGCCUUUCAGCUGGAUGGAGAAGUACUUUGAGGUUUUUGGUAAAAUUGUACAGUACGACGGCUACGACCGGUUCGAGUUCUCCCACAGCUAUUCCAGAGUGUACGCUCAGCGGGAGCCAUAUAACCCCAGCGGAGUGUUCAUGUCAUUUGAAGGCUACAAUGUGGAAGUUAGGGACCGUGUGAAGUGCAUCAGUGGAGUGGAAGGCGUGCCCUUAUCCACUCAGUGGGGUCCACAGGGUUAUUUCUAUGCGAUUCAGAUAGCCCAGUAUGGCCUGAGUCACUACAGUAAGAAUCUGACAGAGCGGCCGCCCCACGUGGAAGUGUAUGAUACGGCUGAGGAAAGGGACAGCAGACCCAGUGCUUGGACUGUCCCUAAAGGCUGCACCAUCACCAAAACCUACGACAAGACCCGAACCAGCUGGGUCCGACACUUCAGUGCACCAGAAAACUCGGAGGGCAUCUCUCUUCCAUUGAGCAACACCAAGGACUUCAUCAUUUCUUUCGACUUGAAAUUCACAUCCAAUGGCAGCGUUUCUGUUGUCCUGGAGACCACAGAGAAGGGGGCUCCGUUUAUCAUCCGCUAUGUCACCAAUACUCAGCUCAUUGCUUUUAAGGACAGAGACAUCACCUAUGGGAUCGGCCCUCGGACAUCUUGGAGCACAGUCACCAGAGAUCUUCUCACCGAUCUGAGGAAGGGUAUUGGCCUCUCCAACACCAAAGCGGUCAAAGCUACCAAGACCAUGCCACGUCGUGUAGUCAGACUCAUUCUGCAUGGUCGAGGAGCCAUCGACAAUAUCACCAUAUCGACCACCUCCCAUAUGGCAGCCUUCUACGCUGCCAGCGAUUGGUUGGUGCGAAACCAGGACGAAAGGGGCGGUUGGCCAAUCAUGGUGACUCGUAGGCUGGGGGAGGGGUUUAAGGCACUGGAGCCAGGCUGGUACUCUGCCAUGGCACAAGGGCAGGCCAUGUCCACUCUGGUGCGUGCCUACCUUCUCACAAAAGAUGAGACAUACCUCAAAUCCGCCCUGCGAGCCACGGGGCCUUUCCGUCUGCCCUCUGAACAGCACGGUGUCAAAGCUGUCUUCAUGAACAAGUACGACUGGUAUGAGGAGUACCCCACCACUCCCAGUUCCUUUGUACUCAAUGGUUUCAUCUAUUCUCUCAUUGGACUCUAUGAUGUGGCUGAAACAGCAGGGGACAAACUGGGCAGAGAAGCAGGUCAGCUCUUCAGCAAAGGCAUGGAGUCACUUAAAGCCAUGCUUCCCCUCUAUGACACAGGCUCAGGCACCAUCUAUGACCUGCGGCAUUUUAUGCUGGGCACUGCACCCAAUUUGGCUCGCUGGGACUACCACACCACGCACAUCAACCAACUCCAGCUGCUGGCAACUGUGGACAACUCGCCCAUCUUUAGGGACUUUGUCAAGCGCUGGAAGAGCUACUUGAAAGGAGGACGGGCCAAGCACAAUUAGCACUGCCCAUUUAAAAGUUUUAAACUUAGAAAAAUGGUCUGACCGACCAGUGUUCUGGUCUGGUGGAGGGAGUUGGGUGCCUUCAGGUGAAAGAACACAAUCUGCUGUCGUGUCCAGCAGGAAGAAGUCACUGAGCUCCGCCCCCCAGUUUGCUCUCUGAGACUGUG